AUGGUAAUGGAAACUCCUGGCCCCCAGGAAGUUGGCCGUGAAUUUGUUCGGCAGUAUUACACUAUGCUGCAUGAAGCACCUCUACACCUUCACAGAUUUUAUAGCAAUAACUCUGCUUUUGUUCAUGGAGGUGUGGAGAAGGCAGGCUGUGAGCAACCACCAGUCAUUGGCCAGGAGGCUAUCCAUAAGAAGAUUGUGUCGCUGAACUUCAAUGACUGUCAUGCCAAGAUCAGGCAGGUGGAUGCCCAGGCUACCGUGGAGGACUCUGUCGUUGUCCAGGUAACCGGGGAGCUGAGCAACAACGGAGAGCCCAUGCGCCGCUUCAUGCAGACAUUUGUGUUGGUGCCCCAGACACCAAAGAAGUUCUACGUACAUAAUGACAUCUUCAGGUACCAAGAUGAAGUGUUUCAUGAUGAAGAGUCUGAAGCAGAGGAAGACCACACUGCUUUCAUUAUUGAUCCUCGUGAAGAAACCUUGGACAACGCUGGUAUUCAGGAAAGAGUGUCUGCAGGCCCAGAGGUCACUGCAAAUUAUUAUCUCCAGGAGCCUGUGAGCAAUGGUCCUGUGCAUGAGGUAGAAGCUUUAAAGAAUACUGAGACAGCUGCAGCUGUAGUGGCAUCCCCACAGUCUCUAAAACCACAGGUAGAAUCUGUUCCUGAACCGGAGGCUAGUGAGCUGGAGGAGGCACCCGUUGAAGAGGACAGGUUUGAGCCCAAGGUGGAAUCCAAGCCGGUGCCCGUUGUUGAACAGCCUGAGUACCAUGAACCUCAGCCAGAGGCCAAGCCUGUAACGUGGGCUGCAUUAGCCAGUAAAAAUGCUGCUGGUGGUUGGCACCUGUAUCAAAUACCAACUCCAUUCAUUCAGCUGGACAAGUUGGCAAGCCACCACCUGCCAGGAAUGAGCCACCAAAACCCGAUGGAGUUCCUUCACAAGCCCCACAAAGUCAGAGAGCUCCCAGACCACCAAGGGACAGAGUCACGGAUCGUGACAAGAACAGCGCCAGUCGUGUUGACAGCGAUGGAGAUGCUGACAGCAUCAAUGGGGGGCGGCGCUCCAACAGUGUGGGAGGAGGGUCCAGAUACUCCGACAGCCAGCAGCUGUUUGUUGGCAACCUUCCUCACAACAUCACAGAGAGGGAGCUGA